AAAUGGAACCAUAGAACUCGUCGGUGACAUCACAACUAAUUCAAGAGGGUUUCCCACUAAUGAAGCAUCGUAUGACCUCGUAUUGUCGCCUGCAGUAAACCUGAUAUACCAAAGAUGCGUUGAGAACAGUCUCGGUAAAGAUUCGUCUCUGAUUUGUUAUUGAAAUCCGUAGUUGAAAUUGUGGAACACGGAAGAUAAGUCUCGAUAUUUUCAUAAUCAUAGAAUAGGGAGUGUAUAGCGUUGUUUGAUCGAACUGUUAGUAAUCUACACGUCAUGGCUGGCAGCCGUGUAGAUCUCAAAGUUGUUCUUCUCGGCAAAGAAUACGGAGGGAAGACUAGUCUCGUGGAAAGGUACCUGCACGACAGGUUUCACGGAGAUGUGCCCUACCAAAACACAAUAGGGGCAGCGUUUGGUGCUAAAAAAGUGGAAAUUGGUGGGAAAAUGAUUACAAUGGGAAUUUGGGACACAGCAGGGUCAGAAAGAUAUGAAGCCAUGAGUAGAAUAUAUUACAGAGGUGCCAAAGCUGCUUGUAUAUUGGCAGAUUUAACAGAUUACACUAGUUUUGAAAGGACAAGGUUUUGGGUGAAUGAACUGAAGACCAAUGAAGAGCACUGUAAAAUUUACCUGUCUGGUACAAAGUAUGAUCUUGUUGAGAAUGAUAAGAAGAAUAGAAAAGUAGAUUACCACAUGACAACAGAUUUUGCUGACGAAAUCCAUGCUCAAGUUAUGGAAACCAGCAGUAAAACAGGAUAUCACAUAAAGGAAUUAUUUCAAAAGAUUGCCGAAGAUUUUGUAGAUGACCCUUCUAACCUAGAAAUAA